AUGGAUCCACAGAGCAUUAAUGCACGAAGCACAGAUGAUAUUGAAAUUGAAGAUGAUGAAGUCCAUGCCAUUCAUGAUGCUGCUGAGCAUUUGAGGAAUCCGACAUCAGACAACAACGUUCUAUUAGAUGAUCAGACCAAGGAAAGAUUGUAUAUUCCUGAGACAUAUGCCAAGAAGGCAGGGUUCUCUGCUCGAAAAGGAGGUGAACAUCAUAGUGGUGGUAUUAUCAAGACUAAAUACUUUGUGUGUUCAAAGGAGGGGCAUAAACCACAGGCUGUUGAUGAUCCUUUUUCGAAGUUGGCUAAGCUGUAUAAAAGUAGGAACAGACCGACUAUUCGAAUCGGGUGUAAAGCAAAAGUUAAGCUUUGUUCGACUGAUGGGGUGUUGUAUAAGGUUGAUAAGUUUGUUCAAGCGCAUAAUCAUUCAUUUGUGUGCCCCAAAUAUAUGCAUUUAUUACCGGCUUAUAGGCAUCUUUCUGAAACACAAGAAGAGAUGAUAUGGGAGCUUGGUACUUUAAAUCUUGGGCAAGUGAAAGCCUUCAAUAUAAUGAGACAAAGAUACGGAGGUUUUGAAAAUGUUGGCGCAACUAAAGACGACUGCAAGAAUUUUAGAGCUAGGAUACAUAGCUAUAUAGGAGAGUAUAAUGCAGAUAUGGUUAUCAGUAGGUUGACCGAUAAAAUGCAGUUUAUGGUUGAUUAUUCAUCUGUACAUUCAGUCGAUGAAAACAACCGAUUAACUGGCCUAUUGUAG